AUGGUGGACAAGAUCUUCGGUCCCGGUGUUCUCUGCCUGCCGGACAGCUUGAACCUUCACAAAGACCAGCAAAGGUCAAACAAGCCUGGGGAAGUGCAGAUGUUCAGCCAGUCAGAGCUAAGGACCAUCGAGCAGUCUUUACUUGCUACGCGCGUGGGGAGCAUUGCUGAACUCAGUGACCUGGUGUCUCGAGCGAUGCACCACCUCCAGCCCCUCAACGCCAAGCAGCACGGGAACGGGACGCCGAUGCACCAGAAGCAGGGAUCGCUCUACUGGGAGCCAGAGGCUCUGUACACCCUCUGCUACUUCAUGCACUGCCCACAGAUGGAGUGGGAAAACCCUAACGUGGAGCCGUCAAAAGUCACACUGCAGACCGAGAGGCCGUUCAUUGUGCUGCCUCCCCUGAUGGAGUGGAUACGGGUUGCCGUGGCUCACGCGGGGCACCGUCGCAGUUUCUCGGUGGACAGCGAUGACGUACGGCAGGCAGCAAGGCUCUUACUGCCGGGAGUUGACUGCGAACCUCGACAGUUAAAAAUCGACGACUGUUUUUGUGCGUCUCGGAAACUGGAUGCAGUUGCCACUGAAGCGAAGUUCAAGCAGGACCUGGGUUUCCGGAUGCUCAACUGUGGCCGAACGGAUCUGGUUAAACAAGCCAUAUCCUUGCUGGGGCCGGAUGGGAUUAACAGCAUGAGUGAACAGGGCAUGACUCCACUGAUGUAUGCUUGUGUCAGGGGUGAUGAGGCUAUGGUGCAGAUGCUGCUAGAUGCUGGAGCAGAUCUGAAUGCUGAGGUUGUCAGUACUGCUCAUAAAUACCCAUCCGUCCACCCUGAGACCCGCCAUUGGACAGCUCUGACAUUUGCUGUGUUGCAUGGACAUAUUCCUGUAGUUCAGCUGUUGCUGGAUGCUGGAGCAAAGGUAGAAGGUUCCUUGGAGCAUGGGGAGGAAAAUUACUCUGAAACUCCUUUACAGUUGGCAGCAGCUGCUGGAAAUUUUGAACUGGUCAGUUUGCUGUUGGAGCGAGGAGCUGACCCCAUGAUAGGAACAAUGUACAGGAACGGCAUUUCCAUGACUCCUCAAGGUGACAUGAACUCUUUCAGUCAGGCUGCUGCACAUGGACACAGGAACGUCUUUCGUAAGCUGCUUGCUCAGCCGGAGAAGGAGAAGAGCGAUAUUCUGUCACUGGAGGAGAUUCUGGCGGAGGGGACAGACUUGCCUGACUCGGCGGCAGCUCCGCUCUGCGCCAGCCGCAACAGCCCCCGCCCGGCCAGCCGCAACAGCAAGGCCAAGCUGAAAGCCCUGAAGGAGGCCAUGUACCACAGCGCUGAGCACGGCUAUGUGGAUGUGACCAUUGACAUACGGAGCAUAGGUGUUCCCUGGACACUGCACACGUGGCUGGAGUCCUUGCGCACGUCCUUCCAGCAGCACCGACGACCCCUCAUCCAGUGCUUGCUAAAGGAAUUCAAGUCCAUUCAGGAAGAAGAGUACACAGAGGAGCUCAUCACACAAGGCUUGCCUCUGAUGUUUGAGAUCCUGAAAGCCAGUAAGAAUGAAGUGAUCAGCCAGCAGCUCUCUGUCAUUUUCACUCAUUGCUAUGGACCCUACCCUAUUCCAAAGCUUGUUGAAAUUAAGCGCAAGCAGACCUCUCGCCUAGAUCCCCAUUUUCUUAACAACAAAGAGAUGUCAGAUGUUACAUUUCUGGUGGAAGGAAGACCAUUUUAUGCACAUAGAGUGUUGCUAUUUACUGCAUCACCAAGGUUUAAAGCACUGCUGUCUAGCAAGCCCUCAUCUGAUAGUGCUUGUAUUGAGAUCAACUAUGUGAAGUACCCCAUCUUUCAGCUGGUUAUGCAGUAUCUUUAUUAUGGAGGUGCAGAGUCACUCCUGAUUAAAAAUAAUGAAAUUAUGGAGCUUCUCUCUGCUGCUAAAUUUUUCCAGCUUGAAGCUUUACAACGACACUGUGAGAUCAUUUGCGCAAAAAGCAUUAAUACAGAAAACUGCGUGGAUAUUUAUAAUCAUGCCAAGUUUCUCGGAGUCACAGAACUAUCUUCCUAUUGUGAAGGCUACUUUCUAAAAAAUAUGAUGGUCCUCAUUGAAAAUGAAGCUUUCAAACAGCUGUUGUAUGACAAGAACGGAGAAACGUCUGGUCAAAAUGUACUACAGGACUUACAGAGGACGUUGGCCACAAGGAUUCAGUCAAUUCAUUUGUCUUCUUCAAAGGGCUCCAUUGUAUAAAGCUGAGGAAGACGGUAACCCUCUAAUAAAGACCCUGCAAGUUAAGUCUGCUGUUGCAGUUGCUUAAACCCGUUGCAGUUGCUUAAACGACUACAAAAACAAAAUAUUAAAAAAUUCUACUUCGCAUCCAAAUAGUUCUGUGUUGGCCAAAGGUCCUGCGCUGGGGCUGCAGCCCCGUUUGGAUGAGGGAAUACAGAAAACAAAGCUCCUCCAUGUUUUUGAGCAAACGGGAUACAAGAGCAUCCAGUGAAUCGCUGUUGUACUCCAGUUCUGAACGCACGUGCGUGGUCGUGGAGCUCGAUGCCAACAAAAGCCAGAACUCGCAUCAGUGAACAGCAGAAGCCCCUGCCUGAGCGGUGGUGCCGGGGAACACCCCGAUUAAUCAUUUAAGGCGGUUUUGUUCCAGUGUUACACGUUUAAGAACUAUAUCUAUCCCGGAGUCCAUUAUCUAGUACAUUUAAGAAAUGUAAGAACUGUUAUUGCUGUCGAGCAAAGAUCAACUGUAUUAGAGAGUGGGUAAGACUGUUACAGCAGAGGAAAUAUACUGGCAGAUUUUUAGGGGUGGGAACUUUUUAAAUUGUUCGUUACAAAAAAUGGGGUGGCCUUGUAGUUUAAAAACUAUUUCUUAAGCUUAAAAUUUCAUUUUCAACAGAGCUGUGUUUGAGAAUUUAUGUAACAUGUUUUGGUUUUUUUAAAUGGUAAAAAUGUACAUUGUGUAAACAUACAUAUGAUCAAGUUUUGCUUGUAUUCUUUCCUAGGGUGGUAUAAUCUUGCCUAACAGGCUAUGGUUACACCAAAGAGGUACAUUACCCAGACUAUCUCUAAUACAGUAGUUGGGGGGCGGGGGGGCAGGAGAACUGCAUGCUACUCGUGAUUUGGGGUUAAAAACAAUGACAAACUCAACAUGCAUUUGCAUGGUAACUGUACCUGUGAAAUGUUACGUUCGUGCUUCAUUUCGCCAAGACAAAUGCAAUGUUACUUCUUGUCAAACUUCAUUUGUGAAAUUAGCAUAUUUUUUUUAAUUUGGUGCGAUUGAUUGUGAUGAUACCCCUGGAGACCCUUCUUGAGAUGCUGAUUUCUGUUUGUUACAGUGAAGGGAUAAUAACCGGUCUUUACUUCAGUAAUGUGUCGAUACUUUGCUACUGGCCAGAGAUUGUGUCUGAGUUAGACUUUUUUAAAUUAUAAUUAAAUAUGUACUAUAGA